AUGAGCUACUCCAAUGUUUUUAUUGCGGCAAACAUAAAAUUCAAGUCUGGCUCGCUUGUUGAGAACAAAGUAAAGGAUGAAGAUUUCGAAGGUCAGAUGGUCCCACUAGAUUUACCCGAUAUCACAGAGGCUAAUAUUUUUGAUGAUGUAGAUGUUGAGGAUGAAGCGUCCGAAUAUGUAGAUGGGAACUUUGAAGGUCUAGCUUUUAUUAAUAGUGUAGAACAUUUUGUCUGCCCAGAUACCAUCGUGAAGGGCAAUCUAGUAUUGGAUCCAAAUUAUCAGAGAGCGAGUGUGUGGGACGAAGGACGUGCUUCUACUCUUAUUAAAUCUCUCUUAAAAACUAUGUUCCAGCUUGUGCAGCGAGGAAUUGCUCUAUCUCCAGCCGAGGAAAUGAGAGCAAUGUCCACUGAAUGGGCUAAGUUCACCAGAAUAUAUGAGGAUGACUAUGCUAUGGUGGUCAACUUAUCGAAGCAAAGUCGUGCGUCGGGGAUCCGCCUCAUUCUCACCAUAUUUACUAUGAUUCAAGAAGUUCUUUCUGGACGAACAAACAGUCGAAGGGAGAAAGAUGUUCCUUCGCUCCAGGCAAGUCCUCGAGCACUUAUGCGUGUCCUAGAAGAUCCAGAACCAAUAUCGAUGGGUCUCAAACUUGCCUUCAAAGAUGUAUUCGAUAGAUUCGAAUCACUGAUCAAGAAAUCCUCUACCAAAUCAGCAGAUGGUCAGUACAAAAUCCUGAACGAUUCGGUAUUUGAUCCCGCUCCCGAUUUUCUCAAGGAGCCAGAUGUCAACCAUGUCCGCACCUUCUCACCCCUGGAAUUAGUCGCCUCCGGUAUCCUAAUUUCAUAUCACAAAGAUAAACGAUCAGACGACGCACUUCUCGAAGACAUCAAAGCCAUGCGUCGUUUCUUACGACUAAAACACAGAGACUUGCGAGUCAAUGCUCAAUGCUGGACUACGGCAUGGGAGUUCAUUUCCGAACACGUGAAUCGGAAUCCAGUGAAGAAUUUCGCUGUUCGAUUACAAUCGCACCGGGAAAAAUCUGAGAUUGCUCUUCUCAUAGGCGCUCAUACUUCUAAACGAGCAAGAUCUGGCUCGGAAUCUAGUGGUCUCUCUUCUCUUGACUCGUUGUUCGAAAGUGAUUUAGAACUAGAUGAUGAUGAUUCGAGUGAUGGCCCUUCGAGUAAUAUUUCGCUGUCGAUGUCAACUAAGAGAGCUAUGGUAGAUUUUGUCGACAAUCAGGAUCAAUCUUCUAAGAAAGCGAGGAUAUGA